AUAUAGAAAAAAUGUCUUCAGAUAUGGAUGGGACCAUGCUCCUGGGGGUGGAAGGCAUUAAGAAAACCAUCCUGUAUGGAGGGACAGCUGAGAUGCCCCGGUUCAUUACUGGGACCAAGGUGACCUUCCAUUUCCGUACCCAGCUGUGUGAUGAUGAUCGUACGGUGAUAGACGACAGUAAGGUGACAGGCGUGCCAAUGGAGGUGGUGAUCGGGAACAUGUUCAAGCUGGAGAUCUGGGAGACCCUGCUCACCUCCAUGAGGAUCGGAGAGGUGGCCGAGUUCUGGUGCGAUGUCACCCACACUGGCCUCUACCCCCUGGUGGCCAAGAGCUUGCGGCGCAUCGCGGAGGGCAAGGACCCUGUGGACUGGCACAUCCAUUCGUGUGGCAUGGCCAACAUGUUUGCCUACCACACCCUGGGCUAUGAUGACCUGGACCAGCUACAGAAGGAGCCUCAGCCUCUCUACUUUGUACUGGAACUGGUCAAGGUGCAGCAGCCCAGCGAGUAUGACAGGGAGUCGUGGGCUCUGAAUGAUGAGGAGAGACUGAAGGCUGUGCCCUUGCUCCACGGCCAGGGGAACAAGCUCUACAAACUGGGGCGCUACCAGGAAGCCACCAACAAAUACAAAGAGGCCAUAGUCUGCAUCAAGAACAUACAGCACAAGGAGAAAGCAUGGGAAGCCCCCUGGCUGAAGCUAGAGAAGAUGGGGAACAUGCUGACUCUCAACUACUGCCAGUGUCUGCUCCGUAUGGAGGAGUAUUAUGAGGUCAUAGAGCACACCAGUGACAUCAUCAAUCAGCACCCAGGUGAAAUGAAGGCGUUCUACGUGCGAGGGAAGGCCCACAUUGAGGUGUGGAACGAAGCUGAGGCGCGGGCUGACUUUGAGAGGGUUCUAGAUCUGGACCCUGGCAUGAAGAAGGCUGUUAAGAAGGACCUGGGUGUCCUCAACAUGAGGAUGGAGGAGAAGAAUGAGGAGGAUAAAGUCAAGUACAAGGGCAUGUUCUGACAUGGCCCAGGAGAUAUGCAGAUAUGGAGGGGGAGGAUCAAUGUCAAAGUUAAAGUGGACAGCACAGAUGGUGCUUGUGGAGGAAGAGAGGAGAGAUGGGCAAAGCAGGAGUGUGUGUGAGAGAGAGAGAGAGAGAGAGAGAGAGAGAGAGAGAGAGAGAGAGAGAGAGAGAGAGAGAGAGAGAGAGAGAGAGAGAGAGAGAGGGUGAGAGAGAGGGUGAGAGAGAGAGAGUAUCCUAGAUCAUUGUUACUUAUUUAUCUAUGUUUUUCCUGGAACAUUAUUUGGUGGUCAAUCCAUUUGGGUAGAACAUGUAUCCAUUAUGUCUGACUUGAAUGGUUGAAGCCCAACAAGUACUGCAUCUAGUCAUAAAAUGCAAAUAAAUAUUGGUGUAGAUUAUGUACUCAUCA